UUUGGCCGCUCCUGUCCUUCUGCUUGCUUCUUGCUUGCCUGGCUUUCACAACUCACAAGUUCUCUCACUCUGCUCUCACACAUCACAACACCACUGCCGCGAUGGGAAUUGGCGACAUGUUCAACCUCGAGAAGCAGCUGGGCUUCUACGCCCAGUAUCACCACAACACGGUGAACUUUGCACUCCACGUUGUUGGCGUGCCCAUGCUGCUGUGGUCUGGCUUUGUCUACUUUGCCGGUCUCUACCAAUGCCCGAUGCCCGAAGUCGCGAAGCCUGCUCUUGAAACAGUUGGACUUGGUGACAUGCCUUUCCACGGUGGCCUUCUCGCCGCUGGCAUCUACGCCGCUGGCUACAUUGCCAUGGAACCCUUUGCUGGCUCUCUUGCUUCGAUUCUCCUUGGUCUGGGCGGCAUCACCUCGUACACCUUCUACUCCACGUCUGAGCACCCUUUCCUCUACGCCACCGCCAUCCAGAUUGCUUGCUGGUCGAUGCAGAUUUACGGACACUACGCGUACGAGAAGCGUGCACCGGCUUUCCUCGACAACAUUUUCCAAAGCUUCUACCUCGCGCCGUACUUUGUGUUCCUUGAGAUUAUGUUCCUGUUUGGGUACCGCCCGGAGCUUGCCAAGCGCAUCUACAACAACGCAGAGCGCGACAUCAAGCAGUGGCGCGCGUCCCAGAAGAAGGCAAACUGAACAGAGCACACCGAAGCUCACCUUCACCAGCACAGGCACAGAGCCCUGACAAAUGAAAUGGGCCAUCACUCAUCCCAGCCCUCCUCUGCCUGAGCCUGCCUGUGCUCGGGUUAUGCUGCUGCUUUCUUUUUUCUGCGCAACUGACAACGUGUUGUUUUCAAUCCCUGUUCCUUUCGUUUGACCGGGGCUUGUGUUUGCUUUCUUCUUUUGCCUACACACUCUUAACACCAGCCCCUCCUUCCUUCCCACUACACGUGUGAUUGUUCUUCUCUGUUACGCGAGUACCCUCCCCACACACACACACCACCAUGUCACAACGACAACGACAAGAGACAAUGACUGACACGCAAACAGUGCAGUUGCGUCUUGCAAACAAGGAGACCUCCAAACACCACCAACUUGCCGAUUAUUUGCUGAUAUCAUUCAGUAUUUAUCUGCAAUCCCACUGGCUG